GUAGAUAUGACGUGUAGUGCAGAGUCUGAUGCGGAACCGUUUAUUGAUAAUGAUGCACUUAUGACCACUGGAGCAGUUGAUCGUAUACUGAAAGAAUCCGAAUCACUGAAAUCAACUCAACUUAAAGUUGUUGAAAAUGUUGCGCAAUCAUCAGAAAGUCUACUUAGUGAGGAUAGCAGCAGUACAAAAUCUUCAACUAAGCAGGCUACUUGUUCAACUCCGGAAGAUCCUUGCUGGACAAAUGACUUGCUGCACGUUUUUGUUCUUAGCGAGGCUGGAAAACCCAUAUAUUCACGGUAUGGAAAUGAAAGUGAUCUGUCCUCCGUAAUGAGCGUCAUGCAAGCUCUUGUUUCCUUCGUUGCGAAUUCUGGAGAUGAGCUUCAGUUAAUCAAUACAACUGACGAAAAGUUCUUGUUCGUUUCUCGGUCGCAUCUUAUAUUAGUGGCAUUUAGUCCA